AUGAGUGAUGCGCGCUCUCCUGCGCGGGUCAGAGCUCCUAUGGACGCUACGGUUACCAACAGCAAGAAGGCCGAGGAGGGUCACACAGGGGAGCAUGCGGCAUGCGAGAGGCUCUACCGAAACGUCACCAAACAGGCGGACCGGCGGGAGCGGCGACUGCAGGCGUUGCGAGAGGCGCAAGAGGCGGAUUUUCAAGCUAAGUGCACCUUCCACCCAUCUUUAUCCCCAGUUGAAGAGGGCCAUCGCGAGCGCAAGGCCACUCGACGAGCGCGUGCGCACAGCGCAGGGGCAGGAGGCAUGACGGGUGCCCGCGGCGCCGAGGCGAACCUGGGCGGCGGCAGAGGUGUCUUGCCUCACCGCGCGAUGAGCUCAUCGGCAGCUCAGCGGACGCCGUCGCACUCGUCGAGGCAGUUUUCGGCAGCACAGGAGAAGUUGCAAGCCGCCCACCCGUGCCAUCUCACGGAACUUCGGGGGAGGACCGAGGAGGAGACCAGGCCGAGCUUGUGCACCGGCGUCCCUCGCUCCAAGGCAAGUGAGCCCCCGCGCACGUACCUGGAGGAGAAAGGCUGCAGGGGCCUCAUCGGCGCGGGGUCGGAGCACCUUGCGCACUAUGUGAAAGGCAGGCAGACCCCUUCAGCAUCAAAGGUGGGCCCUCCGCGUUGCGGAGGUGCACUCGCCGUAUCGACGUCGCCGCUCGACGGCAUUUCGCUGGCGGACAGGCCACUUCAGUCGGAGAGCGAGCCCAGGAGUGCACCGUCGGGGACCUGCGGUACACCGCAGCAACAUACUCCUGCCCGCAGCGGCGUGCAUGAAGAGACGACGAUGACGAGCAACGACGGUCGUGCUGCAGUGACUACGCCUCAGGUGUUCGGCCGCCUCUUCCGCGACAGCGAUGAACGCGCGGCGGUGCGAGAGUUCAUUCAGCUGAUGAGGGAGAAGUGGGUGCACACAGAGCUGUACAAGCCAAAGGCCCCCAGUAACGGCGCGUCUGCGGUGGCGCGAACCCAUCAUGAUAGGCAGCGGCGCUCCUCGGUGAGACAGCGACCACCGGGUGCGCCGUGCAACAAGGACACGGCAGCGGCGAUCGCCAUUGCAGCCGGCGGAGCGGCAGCUCCUGAGAGCACACCACACCACGCAGACACCAAUCGGCCCUUCGCUGUUGGCCACACCGUCUUUGACGCCUUUUACGCUGAGCGGGAGGAGCUACAGCGGUGGCGCGAGAUUCGCCAUUUGCAGGCGGAGAGCGAUGCGGGGACGUGCACCUUUCACCCCUUCGUUGAUGCGCGGAGCCGCGUGCUUGCAGAGGAGCGUUCCCAGAGACUUUCAGAGGGCAACGGCACAGCACCCGAGACAGAGCGGGAGCGGCGUGCCCGGACUGCUGCGGGCGCAGAGGCGGAGGCGGCGGCCUGCCGUGCACCAGCGCACGUCAGCUGCCCUGCCUUUUCUCAGUCCCAGACGAUGCAGAGUCGUCGACGGCAGGAGGAGCUGCUGACGGCGCUGUUGCACGAGUGCAGCGGCGACGCCGCUGAGUGCCGCUUCCGCCCUGCUCGGUCGCAGGUGACGGGGUCGGUGACGGAGGGGAAGCGCAGCCACCUUCAGAUCAUCGAUAAUCACAAACCUGCGCAGCAGCGCAUUGGUGCUCGUAUGAGUUGCCCAGGUAAUACCUCGGUAUCUGUUGCUGCCGCUGCCACGACGCCUCUGUCCUCGUCGGUCAAGCGAACGCCUCGUGCUAGGGGGAUGUGGGCCCCCGCCGGCGCCACAAGGUGGGAUGCUGCACCCGCUUCAGUGAAGGACCCGGAGCAGUUAACCAUCGACCGCGCCGAAGGACAUGAGGCUCUCCGCUCCGUGUCACCGCGAUCGCCACAGUGGAACGAAGGCCUCUGUGCGAACGUCAGACUCGAGCGCGCAGUGGGGGCAGCGGACUCGCCCGUGGCGCAGCAUCGCUCUCAGUGCGGCAUGCUUCACGACGAUGCCUGUGUGUACUCAUCCUGUGAUGCCAACGGGAUGGCCGGCGCGACCGCCGCGCCUGGCCCGGCGGGCAUGCAUCGGCUUAAAGCCGCUCUCGGGGAGGACACGGGCACCGUGCGCAUUGCAGGCGCCGCCUCCUCGGCGUACCUGCGGCAGUUGGAGUCGGAGCUGCAAGCUGCGCUAAAGGACUGGUCGCAGUGUGUUUGA